GCUGCUGCUGCUGUUGCUGUUGCUGAUGAUGCUGCUUGACUUCAGCCGACGAAGUGACGGGCGGAGAUGUCGGACUGGGAGGCGUCCACUGGUCCACCGAGGCGAAAUUGGGAUUGUUUGGGGGUUUGAUGAUGAUGGACUCUUGGCGGCUCCGAAGAUGAGACAGAGACGACCCAAUAUCAUUUCCACCUCGAAACCUGGAAGAUGGAUAGAAUAAUAAAAAGAAAAAAUACGUUGAUCCAACCCUCGCCUGUCGGGUACUCGAGAAAAAGAUCAAGUUACUAUUUGAAUUUUAUUUUCUCCCUAGUAAUUUUUCGUUUCUUUUUAAUUUCAUAUUUAUAGACAUGCACCACUUCCGCCGGAUUGACUCGGCAGGGUCGGCGGAGAUUCAACAAACGAAUUGGAUGCCUGGGAAUUGAUGCGAUACUGAUCGAUUCCCAGUCCGGGAGCUCUGUACUAAAUCUCUUGCGCAAACAGUUCCAGCGAAACUCGUCCUGCAACCCCACACCUGCGGCCACCACCAACAAGAUACAACCCCAGACCAGCUAGAGCAGAGGGGGGAACAGCUAUAAGGAUAAAAUCAAACAUGCGAAACGGCAGUUGCAAUCGGCUCAACACUCGACCGAGUUGAUAUAAGGGGGUCAUGGUUCACGGAAAAAGUAACCGAGUAUUCUGAGCUUAUCUGAACAAUCUUCCGUAUUCAGAAACUAGCCAAAAAGUCAAAAUGCCCUGCAACUCCUCGUUUCCAGCUCUAAAGCCUCUCCCGGGAUCGAAGAAAUCAUUUCCAGACGUUUGCAGCCGUGUUAACAGUGGUAGGGUGAAUAUAUCAAAACCGGAUCAGACCCCGAUGACUUUAAAAGCUUCUCGACAGGUCCGCAUUCAUAACUCUUCCGGAUCUGAGCUGCUUUUCGAUCACGGUGCACCUCUUGCGAGUAAACGCUUCAAGCCCAAACCGGGUACUCAUCACGAUUCGUCUUCUGUUUCCGCUUGCCUCAACCAACAGACUUGCAAGCCUUCGAAAACAACAAACGUGAGGUCGAAAAUUCCAGUGAGGAAACCGAUUGUCAACUGCGUUGAGAGUUCUAAGCCCAAAUGGAACAGCGCUACUCUUUUCGAACCGAAGAAAGUGACUGUCGGCAUUUCUCCUUUGCCCGGUAGGAAGAAAACUUUGAACGAUUUCAUGAGCAAACAAUUCCGGGCCACUCCUGCUCCGCCCACCACUCACAAACCUUCGAUGCCAGUGGCGCCCAACAAACGCCAGUCAGUCAGGAAUGUAAACAACAUUAUACAUUUGGAUCCGGCUGAAGAGGCUGAGUUGGAGGAGUUUGAGUUGACUGAAAGGGCAAUCCUUCAACAAGUGGAUGCCCAGAAAGAGAUGACCCCCUCUCGUUCCCUGAAGAAAAUUGGACCCGGAAAAGAAGAUGUUGUCUGCAAGGAAAGAUCUCUGGUGAAAAGUUUGGAAGAUAUCAUUUUGAGGGAAGUUUCCAGGAGAAAGACGGCACUUUAAAGGUGCGAAAAUGUGGAUCAAUCAAAAUUUCUUUGUCUGAUGUUGCUUGAAAUGUAAGUGACUUAUUUCUGUCGUCGAUUCAUUACACGAGAUUUCAAAUAAUUCAA